AUGGAAUUCAAGGCUACUCUCCCUGCUGAUUUAUUUAAUGUAUUUUCAAUCAGUUUGGAUACACUUUCAGACUUUGGUGACAAUAUCUAUUUAGAUAUUAGAAAACUCCAAUUUAUCAUUUCAACCAUGAAUAACUCAGAGACAUCGCAAGCAAUCAUACGAAUUUCACCACUGAUCUUUGAAAAUUACAAGUUACUUCAACGCAGAUCUACAGAAGAAUCACUCAAAUGUCAAGUGCUGGCUCAUGACUUGAGUAAAAUAUUCAAAAAGAAUCAAUCUAUAACCAAUUUGAUACAAAGCUGCGGAAUACAAGUGGUCGAAGGCGAUGAAAACAGCGUUGAAGCAAGAAUUCAUUUGACAGUAAAGUGUCAUAAUGGUGUGACAAAGAAAAACACAAUAUGGCAUUCAGAGGGGAAAACCAUUGUACCAUUCUAUUCAAAGGAUACUUUGCAUUCAUUUAUAGUUGAUGCCUCCAUCAUGAAAGAUCAUCUUGGCUUAUUUCCUCCAAAAGUAGUCGACAUCAUCCUUUCUUUUACCCCGCAGUUUAUUAUCAUCAAGUCUUUUUGGGACAAUGAUUCACAGAUGAUGCAUUUAGAUGAUAAACCUGUACAGACGAUGGUCAAAAUGAAAGUUGAAGAUUGUGUUGAAUAUUCUGUAACAGAGCCAGUGAGGUUGGUGUUUAACUUUAGAGAGUUCAAGGCAAUUUUAAACUAUAUGGAGUCUAUGGAAGCACCUCUGAUUGCUCAAUUUCAAGAGGCUGGCAAACCUAUCAUUUUUACCUAUGAACAGAGUAAUGAAAUUAUGGCAGAGUUCGCUUUGAUGACACAUGCAAAUAUAACAAAUGAAAGAAGCAGCUACAUGUCAUUUAAUGAACAUAGUAUGGCAUCGGUAGAUUCUCCUAUAUAUGGUGGACAUCGAAGUGUUUCUUCUAGUCCACCUGUUCAAUAUCAUAGAAGAACAGCUAGUCAUGGUAGAUCUGUGGUCCACCCUGGUAGGAAUUCAUCAGUGGAGAGUGAUGUUCCAGGAAAUCAAAGAGCUGGAGGUUCGAAUCAAUUCAUUGAAAACAACAACACCAACAACAAUAACAAUAACAAUAAUAAUAAUUAUCAGAAUAUCAGUACAUCUGCCAUUGCAAACGCAGACACUGUGCCAUACACAAGACCAACAACACCAAAAAAUCCAAUGUAUGGAACAGGAGGAUCUGACUUGAGCUUUGGGCAUAAUUCAUUCGAACAAUCAAAUCAUCAUCGUUUGCCAUCCUUACAAAAUGAAGAAAAUAAUAGUCAUCAAUCUUCUGAUAAUAAUGCGUAUUUUCCAUUUGAUUCUUCAAUAGAAUCAAGCAUAUCUGCACCGCGUGCAGAGUAUGGUGAAACUGAUGCUGAGUCAGCUCGAAAAAAACAAAAAUCAAACUUCUUUUCAUAAUUCAAUAUAUAUUUUAGUACACUAUUUAAUGAUGUCCAAUUGUCCUUGAUUAUUGUCUUCAUAUGAUUCAAUUGAUAUCUUUCUAAAUAUAGUAUACAUCA